UGAUUUUUUUGAAAUGAAAUUGAAAUGUCAUUUUAAAAUCGGUGGCAAAGAAUUUCCAUGAUUGUCUCUCCAUCUUCCUCCUUAGAUCAUUGGGGUGAACUGGAGUAGACUGAAAGAGAUAUACUUUACAUCCUUAGAGAGAGAAACACAAGAAUUGGAGUCGAAUUCGAAGAUAAAAUGGCAGAAGAAGGAACUUCAGACAUAGAAAGCUCUAAAAAUGAUAAGAUACGACGACGUGUAGGGCUAGUGUAUGAUGAAAGGAUGUGCAAACAUUCUACUCCUGAUGGUGAUGAUCAUCCUGAGUGUCCCGAUAGAAUUAGGGUUAUCUGGAAUAAACUUCGCACUUCUGGUCUUAUUGAAAGGUGUGUUGUUUUGAAUACAAAGGAAGCAGAAGAUAAAUUUAUACAAUCUGUUCACUCCAAAAGCCAUGUUGAGCUAAUUCGUACUAUAAGCUCCAAAAGGUUUGACUCUCGUAGGGACAGGAUUGCUGCCAAGUAUAAUUCCAUUUAUUUUAAUAAAGGUUCAUCAGAAGCAGCUUAUUUAGCUGCUGGCUCUCUUUUAGAGGCAUCAGAGAGAAUAGCCAAAGGGGAGCUUAACUCCGCAUUUGCGAUUGUGAGGCCUCCUGGUCAUCAUGCCGAGGAAAAUGAGCCCAUGGGGUUUUGUCUAUUCAAUAAUGUGGCCGUGGCAGCAAGUUAUCUGCUGAACGAAAAACCACAAUUGGGCAUUCACAGAAUAUUGAUUGUUGACUGGGAUGUUCAUCAUGGCAAUGCUACUCAAAAAAUGUUUUGGAAGGAUUCUCGUGUUCUUUUCUUCUCUGUACACAGACAUGACUUUGGAUGUUUCUAUCCUGGAAAUGAUGAUGGAUCUCAUGAUAUGAUCGGAGAAGGACCGGGAGAGGGAUACAAUAUUAAUGUUCCUUGGGAACAUGGUCGUUGUGGCGAUGCAGACUAUUUUGCUGUUUGGGAUUAUAUAUUGCUCCCAGUUGCUUUGGAAUUCAAUCCAGACAUGAUUAUUGUUUCUGCGGGGUUUGAUGCAGCUCUUCGAGAUCCACUUGGCGGUUGCUGUAUUACUCCAUAUGGAUACUCAGUUAUGUUGAAAAAGUUAAUGGAUUUAGCACAUGGUAAAGUUUUACUAUCUUUAGAAGGUGGAUAUAAUCUUCAAUCUUUAGCAAAUUCUGUCCACGCUUGUGUGCAAGUAUUGCUAGAAGAGAAGGAAAUUGUUGGAUCUUCAGAGGCAUAUCCAUUUGAAUCAACAUGGCGAGUAAUAGAAAAUGUUCGGAAAAAGCUAAGUGUGUAUUGGUCAAGUCUCUCCACUGAAUUACCAAAGGAGUUAACAAGCCUGAAGUCGCCUACUCCACAGUUGGGUGAUCUGAGCUCUGAGUCCGAAAGUGAAGAGAUUGAGGAAGCUAUCAAGGAUAUCCUACUACCCUUUUCAGAAUUGCAAGUUAAUGAAGACCAGAAGAAUACUCCAAUCUCCUGGAGAGUGGAGCACAAAUUAGUUGAUGUUUGGUAUGCUUCCUUUGGGUCAAAUAUGUGGAAACCUAGAUUUCUCUGCUAUAUCGAAGGGGGACAGGUGGAAGGUAUGCAAAAACAAUGUUCUGGUUCCAUGGAUAGAAGCCCACCAAAAGAUCUCAUGUGGAAGAGUAUUCCACAUAGAUUGUUCUUUGGCCGUGAUCAUACUCAAAUAUGGGGUCCUGGAGGAACUGCUUUCAUUCAUCCUGAAAGUUCUGUAGCAGAGAAAGCUUAUGUAUGCAUGUAUAAAAUUACGCUAGAGCAGUUUAAUGAUGUUCUGUUUCAAGAGAAUUUCUCAAAUUGUUAUGUUAAUACUCCCUGGUUUGGUUUGGAAGCUCUCAAUGCUAUUAGAAGUUCUAGUUGCAUCUCCAUUGAUAAGGACGGCUGGUAUCAUAAUGUUGUCUUUUUGGGGGAGGAGCAAGGCGUUCCCAUCCUGACCAUGACGUGCGAUUUGGAUGACGUAAUGGCCUUUAAAACUGGAAAAAUACCACAACGUGCUCCUGCCAAGGAAUAUGCUAAUACCUUGAUCAGGGGAUUGUCUGAAGGCGGACAACUUUCUGAACCAGAAGCAAAAGCAUACAUAGAAGCUGCUGCUACAAAACCUCUUUGAUUCUAAGUAACUACAAUCUUAUUUAUCUUACUAUUAAACAAUAACGUUUUGGGAAUCGUUGACUAACGAUGAAUGUUUGUAGUGCUGACAGCAAAAUUUGUAAAAUAACGUGCACUCCCAAGUGAACUAGCCGGUUUUUGUGGUAAUGGACCACCAUUACCGUUAUAUUGGAAUGCAGGAUUUGUGGGCUGUUUGUCAAAUGCAGAAGUCAUCUCCUAUAGUAUGCACUUACAAUUUACAUUAUAAGAAAAUUACAUGGUCUUUUAUUUGUUCUUGCAA